GAACUGGGGUUUAAUCCGCAUCACCAAACACCCCUCCACUUCGUCUCUCUCUCUCGCCCAAGUCCACACUUCGUCUCUCUCUCCCAAGUCCAAGGCCUCGAUUCCGUCGUGAGAGCUCACCAUGGCGAAGGCGGCGGCGGCGGCGGCGAAGAAGGUGCUCAAGAUGGCUGCGGGCUCCGAGGUGAUCGCGACAGCCGGGAAGAGGAGGGGUUCCGAGCUGUUCUGCCCUUCUCCGCCUUUGAACUUUGCCAUGUUCCACCGCUUCCUUCUUCCUGGAUCCACGAGGUACUAUCACUCUCUCAUGAAGGAAAAGACCAUAUGUAUUAAUCCGCAUAAGCUUCUGCUGAUGACUAUGGUCGAAGACACUAUUACCAAGAAGGUUGCCGGAAACAUAUGCUCUAGUCUCAGCAAUGCUAGGGCGAUUGGGGCUGGAAUCUGUAGUUUCUCUACGUCUGCGCCAAGGGGAUAUCGAAGGGCCUUCUUUACAAACUCCUUCGAGGACAUGGGGAUUCUCAAGGAUAUGGCUUUGGUUCUCCAUGCAGCUUUCAAAGGCUGGAAGACGAAGUUCCAGGACAUCCCACCUAUGAAAAAGUAUGUUAUGCUCCUAGGACUUGCUUGCUUGACUCUCCACCUUGCUCUUCAUUACAAGAUGAAGAAGAUGGAGACUAACCUCAAGCAGGAUAUGAUCAAGUUUCGUGCUGAAGUAAAGCUGGAGAUUGAAGCAGCAGCCAACGCGAUGCAGAAGGAGAUCGCCUCAGAGCUUGCUAAGUCUGCUCAAUUUAGGGCAGAUUCAGUGGUUGCAUUCCAGAAAUGCAAGGCUCGUCCUGAUGUGUGGUCGGAGUAUUACUGCCUAACAUUGCUGGAGGCCCUCAUGAGGUCCAGAAUCGAUGGCAAAUAGGUACGGGCGACUCUGGAUUAUCACUCGAACUGAGAAAACGAUGAUCGUCACUCGGAGCAGAUUGUCUGGUCACUUGGUGCCUUGGUGGUUGUCAAAUCUCGUUGUUUGGUUAGUUUCUAUGACAGUUUGUGUGUGGUCAUAAAGGGAUUUAGAUCGAUGGGGUACACGAUCUGCAUGUAAGGAAGGAUUUUUACGAGUGGCUAUACUCAUCAAUUUUCCCAGCUCAAUUCAUCUUCUUAUUCAGUACAUCCGUAUACUUUUGCUAUUUGCA